AUUUGUCCAUGGAGGGAAAAGUUUUGGACUCGCUGUGAAGACAGUAUCCUCUCCAGAACCUGCCCAGCCCUGUCCGUCUUGCUCCCCAGCGGUUUCUGGCUCUGAAAGGGUGGAGAAAAGUAUUACGCUGUGAAGAUUUCACUUCUAAAAUAUUCACUUCCCCCGCGCUUCUCGCGCGCCCAACUUUUGUAUCACUUUAUUUGUUCUUUAAAGAAGAGGGGUGUUCCGGGUUUCUCUUCUGGCUUUUCCGCCGUCCCAGUGGACCCAGCCAGUCCGUCCGUCCCGUUUGCGUGAUGCUCUUUCAAGCCGCCCUGCCGCUCCGCGCCUCCUGCAGCCUGCCCAGCUCCGCACCUGCGGUAGACGAGCUGCCGCCGCCGCCGCAUCUGGUGCGCGCUGUGCGGGCCCGGCGCGAUCCGAGCCUGCUGCAGGACCCGCGGGUGCUCCAAAAUCUGCUGGCCCAGGAAAGGCGCUCCAGUCCCCCGGCCACCUAUUUCCAGACCCUACAGACGGAGAUCCAGCCUUACAUGCGGAAGAUGCUGGCGUUCUGGAUGCUGGAGGUUUGUGAGGAGCAGAAGUGUGAAGAAGAGGUUUUCCCUUUGGCCAUGAAUUAUGUGGAUCGCUACCUGUCUUGUGUUCACACUCCCAAAAACCACUUGCAGCACCUGGGCACCGUCUGCCUGCUGCUGGCCUCCAAGCUACGAGAGACCGUGCCUUUAACCGUUGAGAAACUCUGCAUUUAUACAGACAAUUCCGUCAUGCCAUGCCAGAUUUUGGACUGGGAAUCUGUUGUCCUAGGGAAGUUAAAAUGGGAUUUAGUGUCAGUGAUCCCAAAUGACUUCCUGGAUCAUAUUCUCCACCGGGUCCCACUUCCCCUGCAAAAAGUCGAUGUGGCAAAGAAGCAUGCACAGACAUUCAUUGCAUUGUGCACUACAGAUUACACAUUUGCUCUCUAUCCACCAUCCAUGAUUGCUCUGGGUAGUGUCGCUGUUGCAGUCCAUGGCCUCCCUAUUCCAACCAGCCUUUUUUCUGGCGAGGUGCUUUUGGAACGUCUUGCUAGCAUAACUGGCACAAAGCUGGACUGCCUGAAAGCUUGUCAGGAGACCAUCAAGGCGCUUGUAGCAAACAACCUGAAACGGAGUUAUCCUUGGCAGAAAUGCAAUCCCGCAGUGGAGGGUUAGGAAGUCAACCUGAUUAGCCCAAUGGCAGAUAUCACAGUCCAAAGUCCUUAUUCUGAGAAGCUGUUGAAUCCACCUUUGCCCUCCUGGUGUUUGGGAUUCCCAGUUCCCAUCGGCUACAGCCAACACAGCAGUUUUGGCUGGGAUUGAUGGGAGUUGUAGUCCAAAAUUUCUGGAGGGCACCAGAUUGGCUAAGGCUGCAUCAGAUGCUGACUGCUGUAACAUGUGUCUGCAGACAGAGGUGCAUUACUCUGCAAAUUACAUUUCAUUGAAAAUUCAGUUUCUAGUAUUGUUCAGAAGGAAUCCUUCCUUUGCCAUGGGACAUUUUCCUUUUCUUUGCAUCUCAGUAGUAUAUGCUUGUUAAGAAAGUUAAUGUGGAAUGUUAAGAAGAAAAUCCCUUACCAUCUGCUGUCAAAAUAUCUCCUACCAAAUGUCAAAUACUGAAAUCAAAUGUAGGUAUCAAAUAUUGGGGAAAUAUAUUCAUUAUCAACAUUUGUGGAGAAUUUUCUGUAUUGGUGUGUGGUUUUUUCGUGUCUGGAAUCGCAUUCAUUUUGGCCCCAAACUUGAGCUUGCUAAAUUUAAUAAGCAUUUUGAUGUCCUGUGGCACAGAUGGGCAAAUGGUGGUCCUUCACCUCCUUCAGGGUAGAGAGAAUACAUGGCUGAAUAAAGAGGAGAGAGAGGUGGGUGUUUUUGUGUGAAUUGGACUGAGUGGGUGAAUGUGAAUUGGAAUGUG